AUGGAUCAAAAAUAUCAUUAUCAUCAUUUUAUAUUGACCUUAUUGCCUUUGAUCAUAGUUUUUAUUUGGAUCAAUUCAUCAUUGGUCGAUUGUCAGGCAUAUAAUGGUCCAAUUUCUCGACAGGUUGAAGUAUUUGUCAAUGUUUAUGAUCAUCCAAAGACUGGAUUCUCAUGUCAAGGUAAAAAUCCGGGUCAAUAUUAUGCUGAUCCAGCAACAAAAUGUGCCGUUUAUUAUGUUUGCAUACCGAAUCCCACCGGUACAAUGAGUGCUCAAAGUUUUGCUUGUCCUAAUGGCACCAUCUUCUCACAAGCUACCCGUGUUUGUCGGCCACAUGAAGAAGUAUUUUGUCCAUUGGCAGCUAGAUAUUAUGAUAGCAUUGAUGGUAGUAUUGAUAAUCGAGGUGAACAUGUAGAUUUACCAACAUUGCCUGAGUUGUCAAAACCAGUAGCCGCUCCACAUAGGCCACAGAAAUCUUCUAGCAAUAAACCACCGAAAUCAUUGCCCAUCAUAUCAUCAUUGUCGGACAACAAACCGAUACCGAAAUUAGCAUCAGCGCCAACAUCAUCUUCAUCAUCACAUCACAAUUCAUUUAAUAUAAAUAGAAAUUUUCGAAACAGUCGUACAUUCAGUACAACUAGUACGACAACAACAUCGACAACGACAACAACAACACCUCGUCCUUCUUUACCCCCACAACCAUUACAACCAACCGAUUUAGGUGUUGCCGAUUAUGAAUAUGAUUACAGUGAUUAUAAUGAAACUGGCCUGGUAAAUGCAGCAGCAACAUUAUUACAAUCCACUAUAUUGAAUCAACAGCCCAAUAAGGAUUCCAUAACGAAUAUGGCUAUUAAUCAAAAUGGUAAUGACCAUGAAGAUGAUGACACAUCAGAUAGACGACGACGUCGACGUAAACGUAAUAUUAGCCUACAAAAGCAACGUAAAGAAGAACAUAUGAAUCAUAAAUUAACUGAAUCAUUAUUGGCUGAACGUACAAAAAGUUCAGAAUCAUUUCUGGUGCCAACCGAAAUUUUUAGCUGUGAAGAUAAAAUUCAUGGUUUAGCUUAUGCUGAUUUAACAAAUGAUUGUCAAAAAUUUUUUGUAUGUUUAUCAUUUUCUAAAGGUAAAAUGAUGGCCUAUCGAUUCGAUUGUGAACAAGGAAAACGUUUUAAUCAACAAAAAGGUGGUUGUGAUACAAAAAUCGAUACAAAAACAUGUCAAAGAAAUAGCCAACAUUAUUUUAUCUACAAUAAAUGGUUUAAACAGAGUAAAAAACAUUUAUUAAACAAAUCAAUUUGAAUGGACAGUAGAAGAAU